GCCGCGGACGGUCAAUCGACAAUCGUAGUCAGACAGUGACACAACUCGUGUUAGCUCCGCAAUCGGUGAAGUUGGUCUCAUAGUUUCAAUCGGAAAACGUGAUACACCACGCCAAUGGUCUCUAUUUAGACAUCUACUAAAUUUGAUCUCUUGAUUUUAUCGAUAAGUGCUACUCUCUUCGACAAUGGUCUCUCAUUAGUCUUCAAAAUUAGGACUCGGUUUAUUCUCUUGAAGUGCUAAUCCUUUUCUCUAUUUAGCCCUCUACUAAAUUUGCUAUCGAUUUAGUCUCUUGAUUUUAACGAAAGGUGCUAAUCCUUGUCUCUAUUUAGCCCUCUACUAAAUUUGCUCUCGAUUUGCCCAGAUUUUAUCGAAAAAAGUGAUUUCAACUCUACCAAUUUUCUGUAUUUAAUCUUCUACUAAAUUCUCCCACAUUAGCUUCUAGUAUUGAUUCUAGUAAGAUACUUUACUUCUCUAGUAAAGAUAUUAGUUCAAACUUUACAUCCUAGUUGUUAGUUUCAAUUGGAAAAAGUGCAAAUAUCUCCCCAAUGAACACUUAUUAAUCUAGUUUUUAUCGCAGUGAUCAACCGCGUCAAUGAUCUCUAAAUAGUCAGAACCAAUUCUUCGCCAAUGGUAACUAUUUAGUGAGCUUUAUCUAGUUUUUAUCGGGCUCGAUAAUUGUGCGGAAAAUCUGGUGAUAGAGAAUCAUGUCGGCGACUACUGUUGUUCUUCUUCUGCUCUCCACUAUCCUGGCGUUGAUCAGGGUUUUUGUGAAAGGAUUUGGCCACAGUUUUAAUGGAGCCCAGAAGCUGUCCCCUUUUCCGACGUCCCCCAAGCGACGCAUGCCAGGCCCCACGCCCUGGCCACUGAUAGGCGAUCUGCCGCGUCUCGGCGCUACAGAGAGUCCCUUUCAGGCAUUCUCGGCGCUUUCCCGCGUCUACGGCGAGAUCUACCGUCUGCGACUCGGAACAGCUGAUUGCGUCGUGGUCAGUUCGUUCCGCCUCAUCAAGGAGGUCCUCAUUUCCAAGGGCGCACAUUUUGGAGGGCGUCCCGAUUUGUUGCGGUUCCAUGCGCUGUUCGGAGGAGACCGCAAUAAUUCCCUUGCCCUAUGCGACUGGUCUUCGCUGCAGAAACGGCGUCGCGGAAUCGCGCGUACCUACUGCUCCCCCCGCUUCGCCUCGUCCAACUACGAUCAGCUGGACCGAGUGGCCAAUGAGGAGGCAGAGUGCUUCAUCCAGCACUUGGACACGCACGUCCAACACAACGCGGAGAUCCACAUUAAACCUCUGCUCCUGGCUGCUUGUGCCAACAUGUUCUCCAGCUACAUGUGCAGUACUCGAUUCCAGUACGAGGACACCGGCUUCAGAAACAUGGUACGACGUUUCGACGAGAUCUUCUGGGAAAUUAACCAGGGUUACGUGGUCGACUUUCUGCCCUGGUUGCAGCCGUUCUACGCUCGCCACCUCGACAAGCUGGCCGGCUGGACUAGAGACAUUCGCCGAUUCGUGCACGAGCGAGUGGUCGAGGAACGCGUGCGACCGACUACCACAAAGGACGGUGAACAGACCACAAACAGCAGCGCAGAAACGGAACCUAAGGACUUCACAGACGCACUUCUGGCUCAUUUGAAGGAAGACCCCUCCCUCGGCUGGCAUCACAUUCUCUAUGAGUUGGAGGACUUCCUCGGAGGUCACUCGGCGGUCGGAAACCUCGCCAUGCUUGUGCUCACUGCUAUCGUCAGGAAUCCUCAGGUUGGUAAGAAAAUCCAGGAAGAAGUAGAUAGAAUCACGAAGGGAACAAGGAGCAUAAAUCUGUUCGACAAAGCUGAUAUGCCCUACACAGAGGCCACCAUACUGGAAACACUCAGGACCACAUCUUCACCCAUUGUUCCACACGUUGCUACACAGCAUACAACAAUUGCCGACUACCCAGUCAAGAAAGGCACAAUCGUCUUCCUCAACAACUACGAGUUGAACACAGCAGCCGAGUACUGGGAAGCGGCCGACGAGUUCCGACCGGAACGGUUCAUCAGCAACGAGGGACAAAUUAAGAAACCAGAGUUCUUCAUUCCGUUCAGCACGGGAAAGCGCACAUGCAUUGGACAGAAACUGGUGAACGGAUUCUGUUUUGUGCUCAUCACACGGCUGUUGCAGCACUACGACAUAGCAGCUGUGGAUUUGGACCUGAUUGACACGAGGCCGGCGUGUGUUGCCUUGCCUCCCGACUCAUUCCCACUCAAGAUCACGCACAGGGCUAAGGUUGUCACGUAGUAGUACCGACUGUCACUGAGUCAGUCACACAUUGACUCAGUCACUGACUCUGUCACAAUAUCGGUCACUGACUCUGACACAAUAUCAGUCACUGACUAGUCUUGUAAUCCUGCUAAAGUCACUCUUAGUGCCGGUUGCACAACAGCCGGUUAAAUUUUAACCGUGAUUAAUUUCACGAGAACCAAUCAGAGAAGCCGUCUUUUCAAAAACGCUUUCUCUGAUUGGUUCUCGUGAAAUAUCUCACGGUUAAAAUUUAACCGGCUGUUGUGCAACCGGGCCAUAGGUCUCAAGUUGUCAUGUGGUUUUGGACUCAGACACAUUAUCAG